AUGGAUGCUGAGCGCUCUUUCAUGAAUGAGCAGGAGCGGUUCCAGGACAGGAACUCUCCCGGGACCCAUAUGGCGACAGCGGUUUGCGUCUAUCUCUUCUACUUUCUCAACGGCUGCUGUAAUUCGGACUUGGUUGAAAAUCCACCAGAUUUGAACAGUGUGAACAAACUGCUUCUGACAGGAUGGUACGACGAGAGAAACAGAACAUUUCCUCAAGUAACAACCUCCUCUUAUGGGACGUUGGAAGACACCAGGGGCUCACCGGUGCUGGAAACUAACAGCACCGCAAAGGACUGGACAGCGACCCGGAGACUUCCACAUGCACUCAUCAUAGGAGUCAAGAAGGGAGGCACAAGGGCUCUCUUGGAAUUUCUGAGGCUGCACCCGGACAUUCGCGCUCUUGGAUCGGAGCCACAUUUCUUCGACAGACAUUACGCGCGCGGAUUAGACUGGUACAGGAGUAUGAUGCCGAAGGCCCUGGACGGGCAGAUCGUCAUGGAGAAGACGCCUCGUUACUUUGUCACCGAGGAGACGCCGGCGCGCAUCUAUGCAAUGUCCCGCGACAUCAAGCUGAUCGUGGUGGUGCGGGACCCCAUCACGCGGGCCAUCUCCGACUACACGCAGAUCAUCUCCAAGACGCCGGACGUGCCCAGCUUCGAGACGCUGACCUUCAACAAGAACGGGUCGUCGGCGUCGACGGCGGCGGCGGGGACGACGAGCGGUCAGAUCGACGCCCUGUGGAGCCCGCUGUGGAUCGGCCUGUACGCCAAGCACCUGGAGCGGUGGCUCGCCUACUUCCCGCUCUCGCAGAUCCACUUCGUCCACGGCGAGCGGCUGAUCAGCGACCCGGCCGGCGAGCUGGGCCGCGUGCAGGACUUCCUGGGCCUGCAGCGCAUCGUCACCGACAAGCACUUUUACUUCAACAAGACCAAGGGCUUCCCCUGCCUCAAGAAACCCGAGGGGAGCAGCAAGCCCCACUGCCUGGGCAAGACCAAGGGCCGGAUCCACCCCCGGAUCGACCCGACCGUCAUCCAGAAGCUGCGGGAGUUCUAUCAGCCCCACAACCUGCGGUUCUACCAAAUGGCGGGGCAGGACUUUGGCUGGCAGUGA